AUAAUGGUUUGUAUACAGUACUAAGGGCUAUAAAGAUAAAGUAUUCAAUACUAAAAAGUUACUGCUAUGUCUUAGCUGUCAUUACUAUAUUAUAGUUACAAUGGCUAUAAUUAGAUAACUACAAUAAUAUAGUAUUAUUAACUAAUAUUAUAGCUGUCCUAUAUAUAACUAUAAAAUAUAGUUCAAAUUAUCAUAAUUCUAGUAAUAUCAACUACAUAUUGCUACUGUACAGCAGAGCAACAUCCUCUUACCUGCUUUUUAAUAAUAAUAUUCUUUUGCUAUUUUUUGUAGAUCAUGCAGCAAACAUUUUUUCCAAUCUAUAUUCAUAAUCGUGUUCAGCAAGCCCAGCCUGUUCAGGUGAUCCAACCUGUUCAACUGGUCCUGCCUGUUCAACUAGUCUUGCCUGUUCAACUAGUCCUGCCUGUUCAACUGGUCCAGCCUUUUCAGCUGGUCCAAACCACCCAGAUCAUACAGCCUGUUCAGCCCGUUCAGCCUUCUCGGUCCAUCCUGCCUCAAAGUCAUGACCAAUCAUUGGCGAACGAGCACAUCCAGCCGGUUAGUGGUAAUAGCCGUACUCUUCCUGCUAUGCCACCUUUGCAACCUAUAGGUCAUGUUGAUGCCAAUAACAGACUAAGGAAUAGUUUAAAAGCUGAAAGAAGAAAGAAAAAGAGUACUGCACAACCAAUCGUAAAAAGGGAGAACAAAGGAUCAUAUACUGUCAUUACUCAACAGAAUUUUGAUGGCGAUUGGGACAGAUUUUUUGGAUUUUGA